CAGCUCAGGCAACUCCAAGAUACCAUCGCCAGACUCACGGCCGAGAAGGAGAGCGCCGAAAGAGAGGCUAGCAGGGCGAUGCAGCAGAUACAAGAUUUGAAACAUUUGCUCAACUCUGACAUGGAGGAGAUUGUCAAGGAUGCAGAUUCUCUUGGCCAAGAACUGACUAGGCUCAAGGAGGAGAAUCAGCUCUUGCGAGAUGAGUUGAACGAUGCGCAAUCGCACAUCUUCAGUCUCCAGCCGUACCGUAAAGAUCUUACACCAGAGGAAGUAGGACGGCAAUACGAUGACCUCAUUGAGCAAGUCCAGGAUUGGGUUCAGAAAUUCAUGGAGCCCUGGUUGGAUGAUUAUGAGGCUGGGAUCGAGGCUCUUUCCACCAGUGCUCGAAAGCAGUCUGGAGAAGUGGUCAAGUUUAAGAAGGCUUUACACAAGCAUCCAGAUCUGGUUCACGCCUGCUUUUUCCCCGAGACGGACGAGGACAUCAUUGCCGCCAUCAUUAUGCGAUUUCUUAAUGAUCACAUCUUCCAAAAGGUCCUUUACGGGUCUGCACAGAACUACACUGAGAUGGUGAGCUUUAUUGAGACGCAGAUGCAGACUUCGGUCGAGCCCAAAAGAGACUUGUUUGCCGUUCGCACAUGGACUGCCGAGAGCUACAGUGCCUUGAUGAGUGCGCCGCAGUUCAAGACGGUGCGCUCGAGGCGUAGCAGAGACCUGACGCUGGAUCUUGCAGACAUCCUUCGCAUCUUUUGCAAAAAGGACAAGUUCCAGUGGUUUUGUCAGAACAUGGAGGAGAACUGCGUCAAGCCCGCCAUGGCACUUUACGAAAAGAUACAGGUAUCUACGCACCACUUCUAUCUCGACAUCCAGCCGUACAUCGCGUGGAGUGGCUCCCGGUUCUCUCUGUCGCCAGAGUUUGUCGAAAACGUCGAGAAGCUCGACUGCAGAAACAUUCUACAAAACAGGAAGGCCUUUAACAUGGCCAAGCUCGACCCUCGACCUACAAAGAAGGACCUCUAUCUGAAUUUGUUCAACGUGUGCACCGUUGUCCCCGCCCUGUAUAUCCGCCAGAUCGGACAACGCGAUACCAUCAAGGCCCCGUCGAUUGUGCGCAAGCAACAGAUGCUGGUGGCCUGGGGCCCUGAGGAGAAGAAAGACAAAUUUGUAGAGGAAGGCGACUCGUCGCUUGUCGCUCUCCUA